GUUUGCUUCCCCCACUGAAAUUAUAUAUCCUUUGCUUCAUUUUUUCCUAUUCUUCCAAACAAAGCUCAUUUCUUUCACUGAAGCCUCCACAGAGAAGAAGAAACCUUCACUGCAAGACAAUGGCAUUUGCAGGCACAACCCAGAAGUGUAUGGCUUGUGAAAAGACCGUCUAUCUCGUCGACAAGUUGACCGCUGAUAACCGUGUCUACCACAAAGCCUGCUUCAGAUGUCACCAUUGCAAAGGAACUCUCAAGCUCAGCAACUACAAUUCCUUUGAAGGGGUUCUUUACUGCAGGCCACACUUUGAUCAGAUCUUUAAGAGGACUGGUAGUCUUGACAAAAGCUUUGAAGGGACACCCAAGAUCGUAAAACCAGAGAAACCGAUCGAUGGCGAGAAACGGGCAGCGAGCAAGGUUGCUAACAUGUUCGAUGGAACAAGAGAUAAAUGUCUUGGCUGUAAUAACACCGUCUUUCCAAUAGAAAAGGUUACUGUGAAUGGAAUUCCAUACCAUAAAACUUGCUUCAAAUGCUGUCAUGGAGGAUGCACGAUCAGCCCUUCAAACUACAUCGCUCACGAGGGGCGACUUUACUGCAAGCACCACCAUAUCCAACUGAUCAAGGAGAAAGGAAACUUGAGUCAGCUUGAAGGAGACCAUGAAAAGAUAACAAGGGAGAAAAUCAAUGGUGGAGAGGUGGCUUCUGAGGCCUGAUCUGCACAAUCUAGCUUUCUCUUAUAGCUAUCAGAUCAGACAAGAUGGGCUUAUAUCCUCCUCUGCAACCCUCAAGAGUCUUUUAAGGCUAUGCACUAAGAAAAAUACAAGCAUCAGUUGUGUUUCCUGUUAAAAGUGUGUUUUUUGGCCUCUCUGUUUCUUAUAUAUUCAAAUAACAUGCUCAAACAGAUGCCAAGAUCUGUUUGAUUUUCACCAUC